AUGUGGUGGAACGAUCGUCAAACUCCCAAUAAUAAUAAUAAUCAUAAUCAUAAUAAUAACAAUAUUCCGACAAGUGUUCUUUCAUCAACAACAAUAAAUACAAAUUCAACAACUAUACCACCAACAUUAUCAAUAAUAAAAAAUGAAAAUUUUACAGAAUGUCCUCAACUUGAUCUUAAUCUUAAUUUACAUCAUCUUAAUAAUCCAAUUCCACAACAAUCUUAUUCAUCUCAACAACAUUAUAAAUCUGAUCAAAAUGAUGAAGAAGAUGAUGAUGACGAUGAUAUUGAUCAAAAUACUGAUAGAAAAAGUGAAAUAUCUAAUCGUGUUCAAACAUGUUUUCGUGAUCGUGAAAUUCAUAAUCAAUUAGAAAAACAUCGACGAGCCCAUCUAAAAGAUUGCUUUGAUACACUCAAAGCCGAAGUACCAUGUCAACGAGAUCGAAAAAUAACAAAUCUUCAAGUACUUAAUAUGGCUAUUAAAUAUAUUCAAGCUUUAACACGAAAAGAACGUGAAUAUGAACAAGAAAUUGCUAUAUUAACAUCGAAUAAUAUUGAUUUACAACGGCGUCUUGGUGUACUUAAAACUGAAUUAAAUUCCGAAGGACAUGAUGUUGAUACAUGGCUUGGUACAUGCACAGACAUUGAUCGUUCAGUAUCAACUUGUACAGCUUCUGAAGCUGAAAUGUAUCGAACAUUUGAUGAUGAUGAUGAUGAUUUACACGUACCAAAGAAAAAAUUAAUUAAUGGACAUAAUGAUUUAGAUACGAAUAAUAAUAAUAAUAAUGUUGGAAUUAAAACGAAUAUAAACAAUUCAUAUACAGUCGAUUCGAAAAUCAUCUCAUUAAAUAAUCGAAAAAAUACAACACGUCAAAGACCAAAAUCAUCAAAACGAAAAUUAGCAUCAAUACCAACAACAAAUUUAUUACAAACAUUAUCAACAUCAAUACCAACACGUUCAGAAAACUUACUUGAUUAUGAUAUGGCAAGACAUCUUCAUCUUGAUCAACCAUGUAAUUUAUUAACAACAAUUAAAGAUAAUUUAUCAACAACAACAUUAACGCCAAUAACUGAUAUACGAUAUGAAAUUGUAGAUAUGUUUACAAAAGGUACAAGUUCACAUUUACAACAACAACAGCAUCAUCAACAAGUUUCGCCAUUACCGUCCAUAGCUAGUCUUAUGAAUAGACAUUCAUCACCGGUCGUUUCACCAACAAAACAAACUAUUGGUAUUAAUACAGAUCCAUUAACAACAUCGACAACAAACAUUCUACAUCAACCUGUUGCUACAUCGUGA